GGCAAGAGGUGGAAAAAGGGUCCUGGCUCCCGCGGUUUUGCCCUCGACCCCCCAGGACCCCCAUUCCCGGAGCCCGGCAGCUCUGGCACAGGCUCAGCUCGGCUCUCUCCUGUGUCAAAACAGGCUCCUGGCUCUUCUGCUUGCAAAGAAAAAAAUCCAACAACCUUUUAAAGCCUCGGAGAAGCAGGAGGUGCGUUGGAAAACGGGCGAUCCUGGGAUUUAUUAUUUUUGACAAUCUCAUCACUUUGGGCCUGACUCACAGCUUUUGAAUGUUUGGGACGGGCAGCAGAGGGGAAAAGUAGGUUUGCUCAGCACAGGCAGCACAGCCAGGCAGGAGGGUCAGGCGUCUGUGCAGUGACAAGCCGACGGAGGGGGCCGUCGUCCUGUUUCCAGCCCCUCUUCAUCCUCGCCGGGGCUCGCGGCUGCCCCUGGACCCAGCGCAGCAGGUGGGCUGGCCGGCCCCUGGACCCCCGGCCAUGGCGCAGGAGGCAGCCCCCGUCCUGCUGGUUGUCCUCGCCAGGCUGGUGUCAUCCACGUGGCACGAAGGGUCCGGCUACUACGCGGCCGAGAGCCACACCAAUGAAGUGUACGUGGAAGCCCCCCCCGAGCCUGCCCUGGACUACCGCCGAGUGCCCCAGUGGUGUGCCACGCUCAACAUCCACCGCGGAGAGGCCACCUGCUACUCCCCCCAGGGGGGGUCCUACCGCAGCAGCCUGGGGACGCGCUGUGAGCUGAGCUGCACCCGCGGGUAUCGGCUGGUGGGGCCCAGCGCCGUCCAGUGCCUGCCCAGCCGCCACUGGUCUGGGAUGGCGUACUGCCGACAAAUCCGGUGCCACGUGCUGCCGGCGGUGCUGCGGGGCUCCUAUGUGUGCUCAGCUGGCGUGCAGAUGGAUUCCCGCUGCGACUACACCUGCCUGCCUGGCUACCAGCUGGAGGGCGACCGAAGCCGCGUCUGCAUGGAGGACGGGCGCUGGAGCGGGAGCGAGCCAAUCUGUGUAGAUAUGGAGCCUCCCAAGAUCCGCUGCCCAGACUCCCGGGAGCGGAUAGCCGAGCCAGGCAAGCUGACUGCCACUGUCUACUGGGACCCCCCCCGUGUGAAGGACUCCGCUGACGGCGUCAUCAAAAGGGUGAUGCUGCGGGGCCCAGAGCCUGGCUCAGAAUUCCCCGAAGGAGAGCACGUGAUCCGCUACACCGCCCAUGACCAGGCGUACAACCGAGCCAGCUGCAAGUUCAGUGUCCGCGUCCAAGUGAGGCGCUGCCCUGUCCUGAAGCCUCCGCAGAACGGCUACGUCUCCUGCACCUCCGAUAACAACAACUACGGUGCCACCUGCGAGUACCUGUGCGACGGGGGCUACGAGCGGCAGGGCACCUCCCUGCGCGUCUGCCAGUCCACCCAGCAAUGGACGGGCUCCCAGCCCCUUUGUGCACCCAUGCAGAUCAACACAGAUGUGAACUCGGCCGCCAGCCUGCUGGAUCAGUUCCACGAGAAACGCCGCCUCCUCGUCAUCUCGGCCCCUGACCCCUCUAACCGCUACUACAAAAUGCAGAUCUCCAUGCUGCAGCAAGCCGCCUGUGGGCUGGACCUGCGUCACGUCACCACCAUCGAGCUGGUGGGGCAGCCCCCGCACGAGGUGGGACGCAUCCGGGAGCAUCAGCUGUCCCUUGGCAUCAUCGAGGAGCUCAGGCAGUUCCUGCACCUCACCCGCUCCCACUUCAACGCGGUGCUGCUGGACAAGGCGGGCGCCGACCGCGAGCGCUACAUCUCCCCCGUCAGCCCCGACGAGCUCUUCCUCUUCAUCGACACCUACCUGCUGAGCGAGCGGGAGGCGGCACGGCGGGCGCAGAGCGGAGACCCCUGUGAGUGAGGCAGCACCGGGGAAGACCCCCCCCUCCGCCGCCCUCAGGGGACGGACACCUUCCUUUCUGCUUUUCUAGUCGCCCACUGUAGAGGAGGACCAGGGUGCUGAGAACCUCCAGGGGAAGGGGAGCCCCUCUCUGGCUGCUCUGGCACAGAGGCACAAACAGGGACGGGGGCCACGUGCCCGCAGUGUCCCCACUGCCCAGCAGCCAGGAGCAGCCUCCGGCUGUGGGGUGGGAUGCCUCAGCCCAGCCAGGACCAUGGCGGGAGACACCAGAGUGCCUCCGCUCACAGCCCAGGGCAGGGGGCAGAUGGGGAGCGGGCAGGACAGGCAGGGCAACAGUGCGACAGCCUCUAUAAUACAGUAGAUUUACCCUCCCCGCGGCCAUCCUCACCUCAUGCACAACCUGAACCCGCUUCCUCCCAGCCUGGGGUCAGCCCUGCCAAGCAGGCGCUGCUGCCAGGGUCCUGCCAGAAAGCCUUUAAUUAAAAGCAAAAGGGCCCCAUGCUCAGCAAAGGCAAUAGCAGCAGCCAGCCAGCACGCAGCCCACCCCGAGGGCUCGCCAUCCCCACCCUACCCCUCGCUUCCCAUUCCGCCAGCCACGGGGCACCCUUCCUGGGAACUGUUUUGGCAGUAGAAUAUUAACUUGAAAUAAAUAAAUUUGUAUAA